GAACUGCUAUAACCCCUUUUCAUUCAAAAAAAACUUCUCCUUCUCCUCCUUUAUCCUCGCACCAUGGCCUCGACAAUCGCCUCCUCUGCUACACCGCAGCUCCGCAUGUCAGCCACGAAGAAUCGCCGCAAAGCUCCAGACCUACGAAAUGAUGAACCCUCAGUGCGAAUCCCGCCUCCAGAGACUUCUUCUAUCGAGGACCAUUUCUUCUGGACCUACACGGAGGAGCCGCACCGUUCACGACGGCAAGCAAUCAUCAAAGCACACCCAGAAGUAACCAAGCUCUGCGGACCAGAGCCGUUAACCAAAUACGUGGUGCUGGGCGUUGUUUCCCUCCAGAUAUGCUGCGCAUACCUUCUCCGCGAAACGUCCUUCUUCUCCUGGCGGUUCUGGUUAACGGCGUACGUGAUCGGAGCCACUUCGAACCAAAACCUCUUCCUUGCCAUCCAUGAAAUAUCACAUAACCUCGCUUUCCGGUCACCUAUGGCAAAUAGGCUCCUGGCUAUCUUUGCCAAUCUUCCCAUUGGAUUGCCCUACAGCGCCGCUUUCAGGCCCUACCAUCUCACCCACCACAAAUCCCUCGGCGUCGCUGGCCUCGACACCGAUCUUCCUACAGCCUUCGAAGCCUUCGUACUCGACUCUCUCCUCGGCAAAGCCUUCUUUUGCACCUUCCAAAUCUUCUUCUAUGCUGUCCGCCCCAUGUUUAUCUACAGUCCGCCCUUCACAAUAAUUCACCUCAUAAACCUCUUCGUCCAAUUCUCCUUCAACUACAUACUCACAAAGAUCUGCAACGGCUCCCUCAACCCACUCCUCUACCUCCUUCUCAGCUCCUUCCUCGCGGGUUCCCUCCACCCCUGCGCAGGCCACUUCAUCGCCGAGCACUACUUUUUUUCAAAUGUAGACCAUGGCACAGAAUCACUCCGGGAACUGAAGGGGGAAAAGGGCGAAAAACAUCCUCUCACCUCCCUUCCGCCUCCGGAAACGUACUCAUAUUACGGCCCGCUUAACAUUCUCACCUACAACGUUGGUCUGCACAAUGAGCACCACGAUUUCCCCGCUAUUCCGUGGACAAAACUUCAUACCCUCCACCGAAUUGCUAGCGAGUUUUACGAGCCUUUACCCUGCCACCGGAGCUGGGUCUGGGUUAUUUGGACCUUUAUCCUAGAUGAGAAUGUCGGUCCGUGGUGCCGUGUUAAGAGGGCACAAGGUGGUCGUCUUGUGGGAGGUGGUGAUGCCACCGGUCGUGCAGGAGAGGGAAUUUCCGCUGGGCCCGACGAGGCAAAUGAUGAUGGGUGGAAAGAGAGCGAGAUUCAGAAUUGAUCUGGUUUAAAUAGGUCUACCCAUAUAUGUAGCUUAGGCAGAUUUUCGCUAUCUUUCUAUUCCUCUCUAUUGGAUCGAUUCGGAUGAUAACUGGGUAAUCGCAUAUCUUUGCGCACUUCGGUAUGUACGCUAUGGAUGCUUGCAGUAUCGGAGAUAAUGAUUUCCUAUCAUCCAUAUGAUAUAUAGUCUGCACACCCUAAAUACUACAAC